UCGCCGGUUCUGGAUGCGAAUCGAGUGCGGUGUCGUCCUGUUCCUGGGAAGGUCAACCAACACAUUGGUCAGUUUUGGCCCACUUUUGUGAUCUCGCUUGGAAGGGAAAUGUUGUCCUCGACAGUCUGCUGCAUAAGUCAUGUGCUAUAAAUCGUGCGAACCUUGUUGUCGGCGUCGUCGUCGUUGAGAGGUGGUUUGUUUUUACCGUCACUUUGGUCCAGGAACGAAUGCCAAGCCAAGACCAUCGUAACCCACCCGCUGAUUGUGGGGCCGUAAAGAUCUUGUACGUCGAGCCCAAGUAUUUAUGUGCAGUCGAGAUUAUUCGUUGAGAGCAAAGACGGGUAGGAGAUGUAUUAUGUGUAUCUUUAUUAAAUUGGAUUCAACACUAAAGUAAAAGUGAGUGUCUUCACCUCAAAGAAAAUUGAAGCAGGAUUGAACCGGCUAUCAAGUGUGCGUACUCGGAACUAUGUGGAAGACUAUGUCUUACAUUUCUCGCAAUCAGGUUAUUGUGAUGUGAGUGGGUGGAGGUUGUGUUCUUUGGCAUUACUACGUGGUUUGGAAGCUACAAAACGAUUUUAUUUUGAUAGCAUUCUCAUUGAAAAAAAAAAGCGAAGGGUGGUAGCCCACAAGUGCUGCUCAUAUGGAUGUUGUGUUAUAAACGAAGAUGCAUGGAGACCAUUUAUGUUAAGAAUAUGCAAUGAUUUGAGCGCAUCGGUGACUUUAAGCUGUGGUGAUAAAUGGUAUCGCAUAUAUUUGCAUAAGGAAAUAAGUACACCGGAUAAAUGUGGUGACCGUCAGCGUAUUGAGUGCAUCUCUAUAACUUUAAAACGUUAUCACGGGUACUUUGGAGUCGCUAAAUGUAGUCAAAUAUCCGAGAAAGAAGACCCGUAACAUCAACACAACAGCCGGGAAUGUAAUAAAAUAAUCAUCCACUCCGGGCAGGGGAUUCGACAGACUAUGUGAAUGUGCUACGCGCUGGCCCCAUAGGAUUUGGCCAUCGAAACUGGCUUCGCUUUCCUCGGAGCGCUGUUCGACGAGGUUUUUUAUAGUGCAGAAUACAGAAGGUGCCUGCAGGGCAGUAAAAGUACGAACGUAAAGUUUAUCGGCCCACGCAGUGGCGGCGAGUGUUGGUGAGUGAUUCUCGAGGGAUUCAGAACCAGAGGGCUUAUGUUUUUGGGUGCCGCAGACAGAGUCGUUGAGUCAAUACGUCGGUAGCGUGUGAGAAAGCAAACAAGACAAUAGAGAGGAUACGCGCGCGGCACACCUGGAGCUUUCUCUGCACUAUCAUCGGUGGCGCACUAUUGCGAGGAGCUGGACAAUAUAAUGUUGUUAUGGUAAUGGAUCUGAAGGCUGGCAAACAUCUCGUGGCACCAGCAAUAAAUAAUAUCAGCUGCUCGAACAAUCGUUUCGCCGGCCAUUUCUUCGCCCAGAUUGGUCCGUUGGAUGUGCUGCAGGCGCUCUUCAUAGUACUACUAACGUUUCUGGUGAUCAGCGCGAACCUGAUGGUGAUCGUGGUCAUCAACAGCCGGCGUUAUGCGGCCUACAUACACCCCCAGCCGCGCUACCUGCUAACCUCGUUGGCUCUGAACGAUCUCGCCAUCGGGCUGCUGAUCAUACCCUUCGGGGCGUUACCUGCCUUACUACACUGCUGGCCUUACGGUGAAAUUUUCUGCCAAAUUCAGGCUUUACUUCGUGGAGCUUUAUCACAACAAAGUGCUGUUAUCUUAGUUUGUAUGGCAGUCGAUCGGUAUCUGUGUGUGCUGCAUCCCCGGAUUUACUACAAGCGGUCCAGUAAAAAGGGCUGUGUUGCGAUUUUGAGCGUCACGUGGAUUUUGUGUUUGACGUGCUUCGGGCUUUUGGUGCUGCCGAAAGGGUACUACUUCAAUAAAUCUGGCCUGCUGGCCUGUGAACCAUUCUACAGUAAAUCCUCCUACCGGAUACUGUCCAGUUGUGCGCUUUACUUCCCAACGACGAUGGUGCUGAUGUACUGCUACGGGUCAAGUUUCCAUGCCAAUCGAUACAGAUUACCGACGCCAGUCGGUGGCACCGCCUCGGGGACACUCAGGGGAGCCUCGGGUACAUCAAUUCAGACAGCCAGCUCCAUUGCAGCGGCAGCAGCAGCAGCUGGCGGAGGCGCAACAACAACUACGACGACCGAAAUCGGAACGGUCAACAACUCGUCCUGCCCCACACCCACAGGGGUAUCGGCCGCGACGCACUCUUCCGUAUCGUUCUCGGAAAAGCUGGCGGAACACGAGCAGCGACUGAACGGAUCAACUUCGCGCACAAUGGCGGCUAUAUCAUUAGGUUUUAUAGUAAUUGUCACGCCCUGGACGAUACAGGAAAUAGUGGCGACGUGCACAGGAUCGAAGAUACCACCUUCAAUCGAUUUCUGUGUAACAUGGAUAGCGCUAAGCAGUAGCUUCUGGAAUCCGUUCCUCUACUGGCUGUUGAACGCAAGAUUUCGAGGAAUCUGUAAGGAAAUCCUUACAUCAAAGUGCAUCCGCAGACGUACCUCGCUGGAGGAAAAGUGCAGCAUAGGUCUGGAGUAUGACCACCACCUGACGACACUGCCGCUUCCGCCAGGUCCCCCGCCAGCGACUAUUUGUCGCUCGGCCAAUCAUACCCCGCGGCCGGACAUUGAGUGCCAGGAAAAAUACUGGGACGAUGUUCUCGAGCGGACGUACAGCACCAGCAGUAUCAACGCUAUCCAUCGGGGUACCACCUCAAGCUACCAUCAAACAUCCCUUCACAGACAUCAUCAUCAUCGGCCGUUCCAUCACUAUAAGAACGGCAACAGCAAUCACACCAGCAGCAACAGCAUCCACAAAGAGCAUCUCACCAACGGCUCGGGAGACGGCGAGUUCAAAGUGGUCUUUCCCACGACCAACUCGGACCCGCAGAUGUCCUGCGAGCACGAGCUGCACGACAUCAAUUGUGCCAAAAAUCGGGCAUUCUUCGUUGGUUUCAACCAUCACCAGGCCCUGCCCGACAUCUAGUAUUGCCGGAAGCGAACUAGGUGCUGGGGCAGCAUAGGGUUUCUGUUUAUGCAACUUUUGAAAGAUCGAUGUGGGUAACUGUUUUGUAUGUAGAAUAGAAGUAAAUAAGAAAACAUAACUAAUGAGCAUAAUGGAUGCGUGUCGAUAGAUAUGUAAUUGAUUGUUUUCUGUGAAGUGACAUGUGUUUAAGUUGUUCUCGUCCUAACCCAUUCUGGAAGGCUGGUCCUUCUGUUUUAAAAUUUUAAAUCAUUUAACUCAUUGGAUUGUAUAAUGAUAUUGGGGACGCAAGUGCGGUAAUCACACAUCACAGUAGAACUUCUCUCAAUCGUUUCGUUAACUCGAUAAAUAGGCGAUAGGGCAGGAUCAUAUUUUAAUCGUUUCAACCCGUUAAUUGAUGAAAUGAGAAUCGAAAUAAA